AUGCUCCGCGUUCUGCCGAGGCGGACAGUCGGAUUUCCUUUCAGACGCACGGCGCGCUUCCUCUCCGACAUGACAAAGCCCAGACUGACGUACUUUGGCGACAUCGGCGGAAGAGGGGAGCCGAUUCGCUUCGUGCUCAAGCUCGCGAACGUGGACUUUGAGGACGACUUGUUUGGUGCUAAGAGUGAGGUGUACGCGAGCCGCAAGGCGAAGGGCGAUUUUAACAGCAAUCCAACAAAACUGAAGGGUACCGGAGGAGGCCUGCCCGUCUAUGUCGAGGAUGGCACACUAUACUAUGAGAGCAACGCAAUCUUGCGGAUGCUCGGCAUGAAGCACGGCUUCUACUCGACUGAUCCGGCGACGGCGUGGGAGAUUGACGUCUGUAUGGAGAAGGUGGAGCAGGUGUGGAAGCACGCCGGUUUCACCCCGAUGACCCUCUACCUCGUCGCUAGAACAACGGCGAAAGUCGACUCGCUCGCGGACUCAGACGGCGAGGCCACGGCGAAUCUCGUGGCGAUGUACACAGAGCUAGCCGAAUGGGGAGAGGCGCAGCUGAAGAAGCACGGCAAGCCCUUCCUCGCUGGCACGGACAGCCCCACCAUCGCGGACUUCCGCUACAUCGUCCAGUUCUCCGACUCCAUCUUCAACGAGGGGUCUGCAAUCGACGCUAAGAUGAGGGAUAAGAUCAAGGCGAUGAUGGACGACAAGACGCCGGACUUCAAGAAAUGGGUGGAGGACACCAUGCUACCACUGCUGAAGGAUGUGCGCACGCCUGGGAUCCUGUGGUGA